AUGCUCUGCCUCUGCCGCCAAGUCCCUGCUGUUCCGCUUCCUGCCCGUGCUGCGCUGGCUGCCGCGGGACCCGCUCAAGGACUGGCUGGCGGGGGGCCUCAACCCCGGCGUCAGAGCGGGGGUNNCUGCUCUGUGCCCAGGGCUCGCGUACGCGCUGCUGGCUGGGCUGCCGCCCGUCACUGGCCUCUAUUCCUCCUUCUACCCCGUCUUCCUCUACUUCUUCUUCGGGACGUCCAGGCACAACUCUGUGGGCCCCUUCGCUGUCAUCUCCGUCAUGAUCGGGAGCUUGACAGACUCCCUGGCUCAUAGAGCCCCCACACCUGCCAUGGGGCUGUCCCAAACCCGUUCCCUCCUGUGUCCUCUACCACUGGUGCGCGGCUACACCACUGCUGCCUCCGUGCACGUCCUCAUCUCCCAGCUCAAGAACGUCUUCGGGGUGUCCCUGGGCGAGCACUCGGGGCCGCUCUCACUGUUUGUGACCUUCAUUGAGAUCUGUCGGAAACUGCCAGAGACCAAUGUGGGCACCCUGGUGACCGCCAUCAUUGCCAUGGUGGUCAUCUACAUCGUGAAAGAGCUCAACCACAAGUUUGCUGCUAAGCUGCCCAUGCCCAUCCCCAUCGAGCUCAUCACGAUAAUCAUCUCCACCGGCAUCUCCUAUGGCGUCAACCUGAACGCCAAGUUUGGUAUCUCCGUGGUGGGCAACAUUCCCAGCGGGUUGAAGCCGCCCGUGGUCCCUAAUGUCAGCUACUUUGGGCAGGUGGUGGGCAAUGCCUUCGCCAUCGCUGUGGUGGGCUAUGCCAUCUGCAUCUCCCUGGGCAAGAUCUUUGCCCUGAAGCAUGGCUACAAAGUGGACAGCAACCAGGAGCUGAUCGCGCUGGGCUUCAGCAACUUCCUGGGGGGCUUCUUCCAGUGUUUUGCCAUCAGCUGCUCCAUGUCACGGAGCCUGGUACAGGAGAGCACAGGAGGCAACAGCCAGGUAGCUGGUGUCAUCGCGUCCCUGGUCAUCCUGGUGACCAUCCUGAAGAUCGGAGAACUCUUCCGGGACCUGCCCAAGGCCAUCUUGUCUGCCAUCAUCAUCAUCAACCUCCAUGGCAUGUUCAAGCAGUUCAAAGACAUCCGCAUGCUCUGGAAGUCCAACCGGGUGGACCUGACCGUCUGGAUCGUGACAUUUGUGGCCACGCUCAUGCUGAACCUGGACAUCGGGCUGGGGGCCUCAGUGGCCUUCGGGCUGCUCACUGUCAUCUUCCGCACCCAGCUGCCCCACUACUCCAUCCUGGGGCGCAUCCCCGACACCAAUGUCUACAGGGACGUGGCUCAAUACCAGAUGGCACAGGAGGUCCCUGGUGUGAAGAUCUUCUGCUCCUCCUCCACCCUCUACUUUGCCAACGUAGAGCUGUAUGCCGAGGCCCUAAAGAAGAAAAGCGGCAUCAACGUGGACCGCCUGAUUGAGAAGAAGAAGAAGGCCCUCAAGAAGCUGAAGAAACAGCAGAAGAAAGCAGAGAAGGAGAUGGCAAAGAGGAAAAAG